GCAGUCCUUCCUGAGAAACCGAGCGGUUCAGGAUGGCGGUGCAGGCUGCGCACCUGGAGGCCGACGCCUUCCUGGUCUGCCUGAAUCACGCGCUGAGCACCGAGAAGGAGGAGGUCAUGGGGCUGUGCAUUGGGGAGGUUGAUACAAGCCGAAUUGUUCACAUUCACUCUGUGAUCAUCCUACGCCGCUCAGAUAAAAGAAAAGAUCGUGUGGAGAUUUCUCCAGAGCAGCUUUCAGCUGCUUCAACAGAAGCAGAGAGAUUGGCUGAACUAACUGGACGGCCCAUGAGAGUUGUGGGCUGGUAUCACUCUCACCCCCACAUAACAGUCUGGCCAUCACAUGUAGAUGUUCGCACGCAAGCAAUGUAUCAGAUGAUGGACCAAGGUUUUGUGGGACUUAUCUUCUCCUGUUUCAUUGAAGAUAAAAACACAAAGACAGGUCGGAUUCUAUACACCUGUUUCCAGUCCAUUCAAGCCCAAAAGAGUUCAGAGUACGAAAGGAUUGAAAUCCCUAUUCACGUGGUUCCUCACAACACCAUUGGGAAAGUAUGUUUGGAAUCGGCUGUGGAGCUGCCCAAAAUCCUGUGUCAAGAGGAGCAAGAUGCCUACAGGAAAAUCCAUAGCCUUACACAUCUGGACUCCAUAACCAAGAUUCACAAUGGCUCAGUGUUCACGAAGAACCUCUGCAGCCAGAUGUCUGCCAUCAGUGGCCCUCUGCUGCAGUGGCUGGAAGACCGCCUGGAGCAGAACAAGCAGAGGAUGCAGGAGCUGCAGCGGGAGAAAGAAGAACUCCUGGAGGAACUUGCUGCCCUGGAGUGACCUCAUGGCCUAGAAAGUGAAGCAAGAGCUACAUGUUCAAAAGCUUGGCCCUGUUCUGUGUUGCUGCUGCUUCCCUCCUUCUCCCAUCUUGCAGUCAGUGCUGCUAGAAAAUGGGAGGAGCCCUGGGCACAAACACGAAGUUGUCAGAGGGGUGGGGAAGAGCAGCAGACCCUGGAGAAGGUUGCAAGGUCCCUUUUGGAGAUGGACUUGUUUUUUUCGCACAACAGCCUGGGGAAUGAGUAGGGGGUGGGGGUAGAGGUGGGUACCAUUGGGACAGAUGCCCUUUCCUUGUCACUUACCUGGUAAAAACCAACUAACCCACACUUGUUGGGAAACGCACACUGGCAGGGUUACAGAAAUGCAUUUCCAUGUUUUUUGUCUGAAUGAAAAACUGAUUUGUGUAAUAAAACAAUCUACCUAGUGGAUGCUUACAGAACAAGA